UUGCUCCAGCAAUCAGACACACGUAGACGCACGUACCACGACAGACCAACCCCCUUCUUCCUUUCCUUCUCCCGGCACUCUGACGGCCGGCGAGCGGUGGGACAGGCGACGAUCGCCGCUUCAGCAACAAAGGGACGGUUUUACUGUCCGGUUCGAGCGCGGAGGUUUGUGCUUGACUGCUGAGUCCCCACACUGCACAGCAGCAGCACCAUGGCAGCUAUGAGAUCCAAGGACAGAGCCCAAUCCGAGCCAGGCGGGUCACCAGCGGGACUGCGGGACUCGCAAGCCGCCGGUAGACCUGAAAUGCAGCACAGCACUGUGAUUUUUACACAGAACUGCAUCCAGGAUCCAUUUGUGGGCAGAAAUGAGAAUAAGACGGUUCAACUGCAGAAUGAGCUGGAGAGAGGCUGGAGCAUCGGGCCCGGUCCCCUGCAAACAAGGGCCCCUGCAAUGGACCCACUCGUGGUAUCAGCUAGAGAGCCUGCAUACAGUUUCCGUAGCCCAGAGUCAGUGGAGAUGGAUGAGAUCAUGGCGGCCAUGGUCCUGACCAGUCUGUCUUGCAACCCUGUGGUCCAGAGUCCUACACAGACAGAAACUGGAACAGUUGGCCCCUCAUCGUCAGUUGACAUGGAAUGCGGUGGCGGCGAGCUUUCAGACAGCGGCAGCAGCGGCUACUGGAGUUGGGAUCACGGCAAUGUGAGCCCGUCCCCUUCACCAUCCGUCCCGGAGAUGGAUAGCAGCCCAGAUGAGGGCUUGAACAUGGAGCUGGAUCAGGGGGAGGAGCUUAAUGCCAAAAAGCCAAAGAACUCUUUUAAAGGCUUCUACAAGUGUCUGUGGCCCAAUUGUGGCAAGGUGCUAACGUCUUCCGUCGGAAUAAAAAGACACAUCCGAGUGCUGCAUUUGGGUAGUGGGUCAGAUCAGUCGCAGAGAGAAGAGGAUUUCUACUACACUAAGAUAUCCUGUGAGCCGGCGGACACCAGCACUGCACUAGUUCCUGCCCAGCAGGCUCUGGGCCAAGCAUCGCCUCUCAGCUGGGUCUCAUGCAGCUCACCAACUGGUUUGGCAGUUCAGAUCCCUCCCGGACACAGGCCAAGGUCCAACUCCAGCUCUGGCUUGAGCACGAGCAGGCCCAGUCCGCUCAGUCAGUCAGCCCCCAGCAGUUUCUGGCAGAUCCACUCAGAGCAUCUUUAUCAGGCACCUGUGGCCCCAAGAAGUCCAGGAUGCCUCACUUUGACCACACCCACCGUUGCCGCGGGCAACCAUAACACUCAGAUGGCGAAACCUCGCUGUCGGUCUGUCAGCGUCGGGGAGCAAUGGCUGCAACAGAACAGGCUCCAGACAAUCAGCGCGUCGCCCUCGCGCACUCACUGCUCCUUCAGGAAAAGUCGCGGGGAGGCCAAGAAAUGUCGUAAGGUAUACGGAGUGGAGCGAAAGGACCAGUGGUGCACCGCCUGCCGCUGGAAAAAAGCCUGCCAGCGUUUCCCUGACUAAACAGCACAAUGAAUGAAUGACUGGGUGGAUGAAUGGAUGGAUGGAUGGGUGAUAAAAUACAAUUUUAUCAUAAAAGAGGAUAUAGUGUAUAUAACAGCCAUUGAGAAAAUGUUUGUUACUUUACUUUUAUAUCUUUUUGUUUUGUUGAUGUGGUUGUUUUUGUAAAUACAAUCUUUUUUCAGAAGAUCACACCAGACGGUUCAUUAUAAGUUGAAUUCCACAAAUAAAUUACAGAAGAGGAGCUUCUUGGGAAAUUAAUGACGACCGCAACAAUUCUGAUUUCAUCAGGGUCUCGAUUAAGGAUUGCGAUUUCUCCGGCCUUUUAUUAUUUGUCUGUUUAUUGUUCCCCUUGGGUAAUGAAGUAUGUUUUUACCUGUCGGUCUGCUAAGGUGCUAACUGUUGACUGGUGUGGUUCAUGUGACGUACUCGCCCUGCACUACUCUCCUAUUUUAUCCAAAGGUCAUAUAAUUACAACCCUUGUGACCCUACUGUACAGUAUUAGACUGCUUAGAUUGCUUGUUUGUUUAAUCCAAUUCUCUUCCAGUGGUUUAUGAUGUAUAUUACAGUAUAAUGUGUGCUUUGAGCUACGUACGAGUAUUUUGUACCUUUUUUAAUGUUAGGCUAAAAUGCGUUCAAGACCGCCCCCCUCUCCAUGUUUAUAGCACUUUGGUGGAUUCUAAGAUCACAGGAAUAAGCUACAAAAUAUUUGGUUUCACUUAAGCAGAUUGAGUCCAUGAAAAUUUGGAUUCUCUUCCUGCCCAUAUGUGGGGAAAUAACCAUUGUUGAUGGUUGUUUGGAGUGAUCAUGAGAGUUUGUAAAAGCAAUAACAGGGAAAUAAGGAAAGAAAAAAGGAAAUGCAGUAUGUUGUCACACAAAUAAAUAAAUAAAAACACUGAGAAUUUGA